UCAUUCAGCCCACAUGCUGCAUAAAAAAAAGAACAUAGCAUAUACACCCAACAAGGACCAGCGACAUUCUGGUACAUCACGGGACUUUGAGUGGUUAUACCAGGAUGAUGUCUGCAGGAUUGUUUUUACAAGCAGCAGGAGAAGAUGCCCCCCUCCCCCGCUGCCUUCCACAGCAUUCUCGGGCAGUCCCGUGCCAUUGGAGGAACCUGAGAAUGCAGCCGGUGUUUCUGCCAACUGACCAUAGAGCUGAUUGAAGACCACAAUGGUGCCAAUCAUCUCUAUAGUCUAAGAAAUUGAAAGCUACGAGCAU